AUGGCAUUCAUAGCUAAAGCUAGGAAGUGUGAUCUUCAGGAAUUAGCUAGUGAGUUAGGUGAAGAGAUUGAUGGGAAUCUCACGAUUGCUAAUCUUAGAAAAUUGAUUUUAAAUUCUAACGAAUACGAGGAAGAGUUUGUAAAGGGUGUUUUAGAGGGUAUUGUGGAGAGGAGACAAGAAAAAGAAAAUUUGGAAAGACGGGAAAAAGAGAGGCAAUUUGAGUUAGAGAAAAUUAAGUUGCAAACUUCGAUUGAAACUCAAUCCCUAAUGUCAGAGAAUAAUGAAAUGAACACCAAACAUAAUUCUUCAGAGUUACAAAAGAUACUUCAGAAAUUUGAUUCCAAAAAUGAUGAUAUAAGUCUUUACUUAGUCAUAUUUGAGCGCCAAGCUAAACGAUUAAGGAUUGAUAAAACAGAUUGGGUCACCCAAUUAAUGCCACUUCUUCCAUCAGAGGUUGUUCAAAUAAUAGCAAGGGAACCUGAAGAGGAAUCUAACGUUUACGAGUACGUAAAGGAAUUACUCUUACGACGAUUUAAAUUGAGUGCAGAAACCUUUCGAUUGCGGUUUGUGCAACAUCAAAAGAGAAUGGAAAGUUCAUGGAGGGAUCUGGCCUUUGAGUUGAGAAGCUUCUUGGAGGAGUGGUUGGAUGGUGUUAACGUAACGGAUUUCGACUCGUUGAAGGAUCUGAUGGUUGUAGAUCAGAUGAAAAGAAGAGUUGGAAAUGAAGUUCGGGAACAUUUUGUUGACACAUGGACAAAAAUCUCGUCUUCAUCUAAGUUAGCCGAUCUCCUCGAUGAUUAUGACGGUGUAAGGAGAAGCUCAAAAACUGGACAUAUUCCUAGUAAUGGCAGGACACGAGUAAACGGGAAUUUUGAAAAGAGAAAUCCUAUUGUCCAUGACAAAAAUGCAAUGAACACUGAUUAUAAAAGACCGAGUAGUCCUCGGAAUUGGAAGCAAGAACGCUCCGAUCGGCGUCAAUGUUUCGAGUGCGGAUCAUCGCAACAUUUAAGAGCCCAGUGCCCAAAUCUAGCUAAGAUGAAGAAUUUCUCAAGGAUUAACCGCGUGACAAGACGUUUGGUAGAAACGACAAGCGAGAAAAGUGGACCACAGAGACUUCCAGAGAAUGUUGCUGAAAAUCAGACUGAUGAAGGUACGAUUCUCACAACACAGUUAAAGGCACCAGAAAAAGAAAUAACACGCAUUAGCCCUUUACAGAAAAUACCAGUGAAAAUUGAAGACAAUACAUUUGAAGGUAUCGUGGAUACAGGUGCUGAAAUCACCGUCAUCAGACAGGAUAUAAUUGAUUCUUGCUCUAAACAAGGAGAGGGCAGCAUAAAAAUUAUAUCAGCCUUUGGGGAAGAAGAACUUGCCCCAUUAGUUACUAUCAAUGUAAAAAUUAAUGAUGGGAAGCAUGGCAAUGUUCCUGUUACUUGUGCAGCAUCGAAGAAACUAAUAAGCGACAUGCUGAUCUCCUCGACUACAUACGAAGCAUUAUGUAAGAAAAUAGAGGCACAUACCUUAUUACCCGUGAUAAAGAAUGUAGAUUCGGAGCAACCUGUCCAUGAAGAGCCAAAUCAAGAAGAUAAUGAAGAAAGUCCAUUGGAGGAGAAAAUUUGUUUCUCGAAGUUACAAAAAGAAGAUAACUCUCUGAAGACGGCAUGGGCAUUUGGCAGUUCCCAACAGAAUGGUUAUUCAGUUGAAGAUGGCAUCUUAUCGCACUCUGAAUGGGUAUGUGGAGAAAAGGUGCAACAGGUAGUGUUGCCAGAAUGUAAACGGAAGUGUGUGCUUAAGGCAGCACACGAGUUACCAUUGGCAGGUCAUCUGGGAGAGAGAAAGACGAAGGAAAGAAUAAAGUACUCAUUCUACUGGCCAGGAAUAAAGAAAGAUGUCAAAGAAUUUUGUCAGUCUUGCAAACAGUGCCAAGUUAGGAGGGCAAUUACAUACAGAGAUAGGAUCCCAAUACAGCCUAUCGUCAGACCAGAAAAUCCUUUUGAAGUUUGGAGCAUUGAUUGCAUAGGUCCACUGGAGCCUCCGUCCAGGAGAGGACACAAAUUCAUCAUUUGCGCUAUUGACCUGUGUACACGUUGGGCAGAAGCUAUCCCAGUAAGAAAUAUUACUGCGAAAACUACGUGUGACGUGCUCAUGAAAAUUUUUACAGCUACAGGAUUUCCUGAAGUCGUUUGCACUGACCAAGGUACUAACUUUACAUCGACUUUAACUAAAGAAUUCCUGAAAGUGAUCGGCACCGCACCAAGAUUUGCUACUCCCGGGCAUCCAGAAAGUAUGGGUGCAGUUGAGCGAUGGAAUAAAACCUUAAAGGAAAUGCUCAGCAAGAAUAUCCAGGAAAAUGGAAAAGAUUGGGACAUACAUCUGCCAUAUCUGUUAUUCGCGUAUAGGGAAGUACCACACAGUACAACAGGACUGUCACCAUUUCAAAUGGUCUAUGGAAGGUUACCCAGAGGGCCCUUGUCUCUGAUGAAAGAUUUCUGGACAGGAAAAAGAAGAAUCCCCGUAGGUGUUUCCAGAUCCAUUGAGAGUUAUUUAGAAAAUUUGCAGGAAAAUUUAGGAAAGGCUCAUGGCAUUGCCAUGGAGAAUGCCGAAAAAACCCAGGCAGAAUAUGCAAGAAGAUAUAACUUGCGAGCUCGUGAGAAGACCUUUCAAGUAGGAGAAAAGGUUCUGAUUUUGGAUUCAGCUUCUUCUCAUAAGCUGUUAAAGAAAUGGAUCGGGCCAGUGAGUAUUGUUGCUUUUACAAGACCCCAUUCAGUACUCGUCAAGAUGGAAGAUGGUACGAAUAAAGAGAUUCAUGUCAAUAAAAUUCGACCAUACAUAGCACGACUUGAGCAAGUCGGAGUGAUAUAUGACCAAGACAAUGAAUUUGGAGAAAUAUUUCCUGCCCCAACCAAUUGCAAUCAGAAAAGCAAAAUCAGUCGUGAUAUAAGAACGCAAAUUUAUAAUCAAGGAAAGGAGUUAUCAUUACAACAAAAAGCUGAGCUGAUUGAUAUCUUAUCUAAGUACACAGACAGUUUCAGUAAGUUUCCAGGGAAAGCCAAGGUGCCAGGACAUAACAUUAAGGUAACCGAUGACUGUGUCCCCAAGCGACUAGCUCCAUAUCGUGUCCCAAUUGUUUUGCAAGGGGAAGUUGAACGCCAAGUUCAAGAACUUUUAGAAGCAGGACUCAUUGAACAUAGCGAGAGUGACUGGGCACAUCCCGUAGUGCGUUGCUAA